AUGAGCACUCUCGCUGCUGCCCGCUAUGGCAAGGACAAUGUCCGCGUUUACAAGGUCCACCGUGACGAGAAGGCCGGUACCCAGACCGUCGUUGAGAUGACCGUCUGCGUCCUGCUGGAGGGUGACAUUCAGACUUCCUACACUCGCGCCGAUAACAGCGUUGUAGUCGCCACCGACUCUAUUAAGAACACCAUCUACAUCACCGCUAAGCAGCAGUCCGUGACCACCCCCGAGGUCUUCGGUUCCAUCCUCGGUACCCACUUCGUUGAGAAGUACAGCCAUAUCCACGCCGCACAUGUCAACAUCAUCACUCACCGCUGGGUUCGCAUGAACAUUAAUGGCAAGCCACACCCUCACUCCUUCAUCAAGGACAGCCCCGAGACCCGCAACGUGCAGGUUGAUGUUGUCGAGGGCAAGGGCAUUGAUAUCAACUCCUCCAUUAACGGCCUGACCGUGCUCAAGAGCACUGGCUCACAGUUCCACGGUUUCCUUCGUGACGAGUUCACCACCCUGAAGGAGACCUGGGACCGUAUUCUCAGCACUGAUGUUACUGCUAACUGGCAGUGGCGCCGCUUCAAUAGCGUGGCUGAGGUCAAGAGUCACACUGCCAAGUUCGAUGCUGCUUGGGAGGCUGCUCGCAAUAUCACCCUGAAGACUUUUGCCGAGGACAACAGUGCUAGUGUUCAGGCUACUAUGUACAAGAUGGGCGAGCUGAUUUUGGAUGCCGCACCAUUGGUUGAGACUGUGGAGUAUGCGCUCCCCAACAACCACUACUUUGAGAUUGACCUCAGCUGGCACAAGGGCACCAAGAACACCGGCAAGGAUGCCGAGGUGUACGCUCCCCAGUCGAACCCCAACGGUCUUAUCAAGUGCACUGUGGGUCGCGCUGCUCAGAAGGCCAAGCUGUAA